AUGACCACCUGUGCUGGAUGUGGUGAGAAAGAAGCCUCGAGGUUGGAAUGUCCCAAUUGCAAAAAAUUGGGCAUAGCAGGUAGUUUCUUCUGUGAUCAGGAUUGUUUCAAGAAGAAUUCUGAUAAUACUCAUUUCCCAAUGUCUAGGGCUAUACAUAGUAUAGUCCAGCUAGCCGCUCAAAAUGAAGCCAAUAAAGAAUCAACUUUACCACCAAGCAUGAGAAAUUACAAGUUCACCGGAACGUUACGUCCUGUAUAUCCCUUAUCACCUAAGAGGGUCGUGCCGCCUCAUAUUAGACGACCAGAUUAUGCAGAUCAUCCUCAAGGUGUAUCGGCUAUUGAAUCAACUAGGGAGAAAAGGAUCAAGAUUCUGAAUAGUGAGGAGAUAGAAGCUAUGAGAUAUGUCUGUAAGCUCGGACGAGAAGUAUUAGAUUACACAGCAUCUUUCAUCAAACCCGGCAUAACAUCCGACGAGCUAGAUGCGAUCUGUCAUCAAGCAUGUAUCGAUAGAGACUGUUAUCCCAGUCCGCUGAACUAUGCCAAAUUCCCCAAAAGUGUUUGUAUAAGUGUCAACGAGGUCAUCUGCCACGGUAUUCCUGAUCAACGUCCGCUAGUGGAAGGAGACAUUGUCAAUCUGGAUGUAUCACUAUGCUUCCACAGUGAUCUCAAUGCGACAUACCCCGUCGGCAAGAUAGACGAUGAAUCUGCCGAUCUGAUAGCUACGACGAAGAAAUCAGUGGACGAAGCUAUAGCGAUAUGUAAACCUGGUGUACCAUAUCGAGAGAUCGGUAAUAAGAUUGAAGAGAUUGUCAGACCGAAGGGUUAUAGUAUUGUCAGGAGAUAUACUGGACAUGGUGUACAUGAGCGUUUCCACUGUGAACCGAAUAUCGUACAUUAUGGAGGAUCGAAGAUGCCGGGUAAGAUGGAAGCUGGACAUGUUUUUACCAUCGAACCUAUGAUCAACCUCGGUACAGCCAAUCUCGAUCAUUGGAAGGAUGAUUGGACGGCUGUGACAUUAGAUGGUAGAAGGUCUGCUCAGUUCGAAGAGACUAUUCUGAUAACUGAAACAGGCUAUGAAAUCCUUACUCGACCACCCACGACCACCUCAUCCAGCUCACACAAGAAGAAAAAGAAGAAGUCGAAAUCGAAAACCCACGCCAACGGUACUGCGACGCCUAACGAGGGAGAUGAAACUCCUGAAGUUGGGACCCCCACUGGAGAAGCUGCAGAAGGUGUGAAAGAGUUGCAUGUUAAUGGGUCUUAG